GGUUGCAUGCUCAGCUCAGCUCUCAGGUAUAACAGAACCUCUAAAACUGUUCAUAAAUAAAGCCAGAAAAAAAAAGAGUCAAUAAUAAACUUUGAUUUCUUUAAUUCUUUGAUUUCCUCUCUGGUAAUGGUCUUGGAUAUAAAUUGAUAUUGGGUCUACCUCUAAUUUAUAGUACUCACUCACUGUAUCUGUUCUCUCCUGAGGUUUCUGGGUUUUUGUUCACUUGUUGGUGCAUGCAAGCUAAUGGAUUCUCAGUGAUUCUUCCCCUUCUCAGUUUUCUGGGUUCUUCUGUGGAAAAAAACGUCCUUCGUUGUGAAUCAUUGGGCUUUGUACAUUUCAAGAUUAGAGCUUUAGUUCUUUGUGUGAUUAAUAUAGGGGUUUGAAAUUGAUUUCUGGAUUGGUUGAUUGCUAGUUGUGAAUCAUUUGUUUUUGGUGUGGUGAAUAGAGGGUUUUGGAACUGGUUUCUGGAUUGGUUCAUUGAUCAGGUGAGAGUGGGCAGAUAGAUAGAUAGAUAGAUAUACUGGUGAAUGUUAACUCAUGGGAUGGGAUCUCAGGGGGGAGUUGGUGGUGGAAAAGAAGCAAAGCCGAAUGGUUUGGCUAGGCAAGGAUCACUCUACAGCCUCACUCUUGAUGAAGUUCAGAAUCAAUUGGGGAAUUUAGGGAAACCACUAAACAGCAUGAAUCUUGAUGAGCUUCUUAAAACUGUAUGGACCAUUGAGGCUAGUCAAGACUUGGGGGGAAAUGAUUACGGGGCAGUGCAGCACGGGUCUAUUUCUCUGCAUCGACAGUCAUCGAGCAUUACAAUGUCCGGGGAUCUCAGCAAGAAGACUGUUGAUGAGGUAUGGCAGGAUAUUCAGCAGGGGCAGAAAAGGGAUAGUAGUUUUGAUAAGAGAAGUCAGGAGAGGCAACUUACUUUUGGCGAGAUAACUCUGGAGGAUUUCUUGGUCAAGGCUGGAAUCAUUGCAGAGUCGACCCAAGGCACGAGAAUUUCGGGUUUACUUAUAGGGGUUGAUUCAAUGUCAUUGACACAGCAAGCUCAGUGGCCACAUUAUCAAAUCCCCGCUAUGCAUCAGGCACCGGCACAACAGCAGCAGAAUAUUCUACCAGUGUUUAUGCCGGGCCAUCCGGUUCAACAGCCUUUACCUGUUGUUGCUAAUCCAAUUGUGGAUCCUGAAACUCAGGUGACAAUGUCUCCAGCACAUCUAAUGGGAACAUUAUCAGACACACAAACGUCUGGAAGAAAGCGGGUUGCUCCAGAGGAUGUGAUCGAAAAGAGUGUGGAAAGGAGGCAGAAGAGGAUGAUAAAAAAUAGGGAAUCUGCAGCUCGGUCGCGAGCGAGGAAGCAGGCUUACACCCAUGAACUAGAGAACAAGGUUUCAUGGCUUGAAGAGGAGAAUGAAAGACUUAAAAGACAGAAGGAGAUCGAGAAGAUUUUACCAAGCGUGCCACCUCCAGAGCCUAAGUAUCAGCUUCGCAGAACAAGUUCGGCCCCUAUCUGAGAUAUAACUUCAUGUAGAUGAUUGGUGUUUUUAACGUCGUUGAAAAUUUCACCAGCUAGUAGCACUCUGUCACCUCUCCUUAUUCUUGCUCAAUGGGAACCUCUUCUAGUGAUUCCUAGUUGAUGCGAUUCCCUUGGCUGUGUGUACUCCCCUUGAUAUGUAAUGUCUCCCUUUGUGCAAAUUUUAAUAGUUUGGAUAUAGAGAACAUGGUUUUCUUAGUUUUUUCUCAGUUUCAAAGUAGAAUUAUGUGUUUUUACAGUUAGCCAGAAUUUGAGGACAUAGUUUAGGGUCAUCAUUUAGUAGAUACAAAGCCCACAAAACAGCUUAGACUCUGUCUCUGUUGAAUGAUCAAGUGACUCACUUUCCUUUUG